UUGGGGGACCACUAAUUGCUCAUUUGUCAGCCCUUGUGAAGACUUUUGAUUGUAACCUCAGCCCUUUGGAUCAAAGCUGUUGUCCAAUCACCGCAAACGAGAUUCAGCCUCCGCCCUACGGCUGCUAAUUCCGCCAAACCUAGUCGUCUUGUCGUCGCUUAUCAAACCAUCGAUUACAGCAGCGCAGGAAGAGAUAUUGUGUUUAACCAACAUCUAUUCAACUUUUCUCCACAACAAAAACAAUUUCGACAAGUCAUCUACUGCAGACAAAGGAAGAACCAGGUCAUCAUGACUUCCACUCCCAAGCACCUCAACUUCAUCACGGGAAAUAAGAACAAACUCGCCGAGGUCCAAGCAAUCCUACAAGGCGUCAUCGAACUACGAAAUGAGAAUGUUGACCUAGUUGAGAUCCAAGGCACAGUCGAGGAAGUUACAAAGGACAAGGCACGGAGAGCUGCUGAAGCUAUCCAAGGCCCCGUUCUAGUCGAAGACACAUGCCUCUGCUUCAAAGCAAUGAACGACCUCCCAGGUCCAUACAUCAAAUGGUUCAUGCUUUCCCUCGGCGCCUCCCAGAUGCACAAGAUGCUUGCAGGAUUCGACGACAAAUCCGCCCAGGCAGUCUGCACAUUCGCGUACUGCGAAGGGCCAGGAUACGAGCCGGUGCUCUUUCAAGGUCGGACAGAUGGAAAGUUGGUCGAGUCGCGGGGGAGUACUGUAUUUGGAUGGGACUCUUGUUUCGAAUACAACGGUCAAACGUAUGCGGAGAUGGACAAGAGUGAGAAGAACAAAAUAAGCCAUCGGGGAAAAGCGCUGGAUAAGCUGAAGGAGUGGCUGGCGAACAAGGUAGAGUCGUGAGGCAAAAGGGACUCGGACAUACACGGAUUUCGGACAAAAUAGAGCGUAGAUAGAAGGGCACUCACCAGAUGCUUGGUCUUAAUGUUCGAUCACAUUUCUUCUCG